AUGAUCUUUGCUAAAAUCGCUUCCUUCUACUCACAAUCCUCACUUUCUUCUACUCACCCAAACAACAAUCUCAGAAUCUCUUCAUCCCUUCAGGAUUUCUCUUCUUAUUCCCAUUUGAAACAACAACCCCUUGAAUCAGUUACACCAACAAUACCAACUACUUCUCGGAAGAAAUGCAUCAAAGCAAUCAGGCUUGUACUUUUACUCACAUUGUUUCUUUUACUCACGUACGUGUUUUUUAUGUUUGUUUUCUCUUUUUGGAAUAUUGGGUCUGGUAAAUAUUAUGUUGUGCUUGAUUGUGGAAGUACCGGAACUCGUGUUUAUGUGUAUAAUGCUAACAUUCAGUAUAAGAGACAUAGUAGUCUUCCUAUAGCAAUUAAGUCAUUAGGAGAUGGCUUGCGUAAGAAGAAGGCUACUGGUCGUGCUUACGAUCGAGUUGAAACUGAACCUGGGAUUGAUAAGUUGGUUUAUAAUGUGUCUGGUUUGAGAACUGCUUUGAAACCGUUGGUUAGGUGGGCGAAGAAGCAAAUACCGGUUCAUGCUCAUAAGAGUACUUCUGUGUUCCUUUAUGCUACUGCUGGUGUUAGGAAACUUCCUAGGAAGGAGUCUAAGUGGUUGUUAGAUCAUGCUUGGUCUGUCAUCAAGGAUUCUCCCUUUAUGUGUAAGAAGGAUUGGAUUAAGAUUAUUUCUGGUACCGAGGAAGCUUAUUUUGGAUGGAUUUCGCUUAAUUAUCAUAGUGGUAUUUUGGGUGUUACUCCUAGGAAGGCGACUUAUGGUGCACUUGACUUGGGGGGAUCGUCGUUGCAGGUUACUUUUGAGAGUGAUCAACAAAUUAAUAGUGAAACUAGUUUGUAUGUUAGGAUUGGAUCGGUGAAUCACCAUCUUACUGCCUAUUCUCUUGAGGGUUAUGGUCUCAAUGAGGCGUUUGGGAAGUCUGUGAAGCUUCUGUUUCAGAAAGAGUUUGGAUCAUUAGCCAAUGCAGAUAUGGCUGGUAAAGAUAUAGAGCUCAAGCAUCCUUGUUUGCAGUCUGGAUACAAGGGUCAGUAUGUGUGCUCUCGUUGUGACAAAAGUGGAAGUAUUGGUGAUGAGAAACAGUUGAGUAAGCAAGGAGGGCCGGGAACUCCGUUAGUGCUUGUUGGUGCUCCUAAUUGGCAGCAAUGCAGUGCACUUGCGAAAGUUGCCGUCAAUUUGUCUCAAUGGUCAAAUCUCAGUCCAGGACUUGAUUGCGGAGUGAUGCCAUGUGCUUUGCGAGAUAAUUUACCUCGUCCAUAUGGCCACUUUUAUGUGAUUUCUGGUUUUUAUGUUGUAUAUCGGUUUUUCAACUUGACUUCCGAUGCCACACUUGAUGAUGUGUUGAAAAAGGGUGAAGAAUUUUGUGAAAAAAGAUGGGACGUUGCCAUGAAAAGUGUUGUGCCUCAGCCCUUUAUUGAGCAGUACUGCUUCAGGGCACCGUACAUUACUUCACUACUAAGAGAAGGUUUGCACAUUAAUGAUAACCAAAUUUCUGUUGGAUCUGGCAGCAUCACUUGGACACUUGGGGUUGCCUUGUUAGAAGCUGGGAGGGCAUAUUCCACUGGAUACGGCCUUCGUAACUUUGAAUUGUUCCAGAUGAAAAUAAAUCCUCUUAUUCUUAUUGCCAUUCUGUUGUUUUCUUUUAUUGUCCUUCUUUGUGCUUUAUCAUUAGUUGGCAAUUCGAAUUGGAUGCCAAGGUUUUUCCGGAGGCAAUAUCUUCCAAUGUUCAGGCAUGACACUGUUUCCGGUGCUUCUGUUCUUAAUAUUCCAUCUCCAUUUAGGUUUCAACGAUGGAGUCCAAUGAGAUCUGUUGAUGAAAGAGUAAAGAUGCCGCUCAGCCCAACAGUUGCAGGUUCACGUGGAAGCCCAUUUGGCCUGGGGCGUGGGUUUGGUGAUAACAAUGGUGGCAUCCAGCUUGUCGGGUCUUCUUUGUACCCAUCAUCUAGUGGUGUCUCACAUAGUUAUUCUUCAAAUAGUUUAGGGCAGAUGCAGUUUGACAGCAGCGGGUUAAGAUAUCAUUUUCUGGAAAUAUUGGUUUUUGUCAUGGAGAUAACUGAAGCUGAAGAUGCAUGUAGUCUGAUCAGUUGA